CACAGGACGGCUCGGCGGGGGAAGUUGAAUACGUCAUCCAAGCUGAAGCAGGCUUAUCAUCGAUGAAAAGACUAUCAUCACUGCUCAACCACCUCCAACCACCCUCACCAACCACACACGCAAGCAUGGCCCAGUUCUAUAACCUCAAGGCAAUCCUUGCCAACGGUACCGAGUUCGACUUCGCUCAGACCAAAGGGAAAGUCGUCUUGGUCGUCAACGUCGCUUCCAAAUGUGGCUUUACUACUCAGUACGAAGGACUUGAAAAAUUGUGGCAAAAAUUCAAAGACAAAGAUUUUCAAUUGAUUGGAUUUCCUUGUAAUCAAUUCGGAGGACAAGAGCCAGGUACAGACUCAGAGAUCGCCAGUUUCUGUAAACUCAACUAUGGUGUUACCUUUCCGAUCGCUCAAAAGUGUGACGUCAAUGGCGACAAUGCCCAUCCAGUUUAUAACUUCUUGAAGAGUGAAAAAUCAGGAAUUAUGGGACUCUCACGAAUCAAAUGGAACUUCGAGAAAUUCGUUGUGGACAAGAAAGGGGCCGUUCGUUAUAGACAUGCCUCGACUUCUAAGCCUGAGUCACUUGAAAAGGAGAUCGAAGGUUUGUUAGCCGAAUAAGCACCUCGAUCUGCGCCUCCCGAGUGGGAUGAAUCGAUGGGAUAACAUGUUCACCUGACCUGCAACCCUUUAUGGCUGGCUAUCGUUUUUCAAGUUAAUAUUCUCGUCACUCCAUACUUCAUCCCCCCCCCCCAGUGUACCUUCUG